GUUGUGAUAAACUUAUUAAAUAGAUUCUAGAUAUGAACAACAGAAAGAGAUUGGGAACUCGUCAGCACUCUCUAAAACAGAAAGCUACAAUUAUCAAUGAAGAUCUUCAGGCAACUUCCCACCUUCGUACCCGUCAGGCAAGACAGAGUGGGGGUCUUGGUGGCUCUAUUUUGAUCCCAUCUACUCCAUCGGACAAUGGGGGGAGUGGUAGUUGCAGUAGGAGAUCAAACACUCCUGUAGUCAUCACGCCAUUCGUCAACACUCAGAUCAAAAUGCUCAUGAACAGCAGAGAGCGGAAGAUGGCCUCUUCUUUGGAAAAAAUGGGAUACCUCAACCUGAAGAAACAACACGAAAACAACUUCGAUGAGAACCAGAACAAGGAAAACAUGAAUAAGAGACACCAUCCAUUCACUCCGUUUGACGAGUGCAAACUGAGUAGUAAGAUGUCUAAAGUCUGUUCCACGCCUCUCUCUCUCGCCAAACGGACUCUCUUCAACCCAUUCCGAGUGAUUGCGUCACAGUCACCUGAUGUAAGUGGAGGUGGAACAGCAUGUGGUCGAUACAGUUUAGAUGUAUCAGAAGUAAAUUUCGAAGACAGUUCAACAAAUCAACAGCUAAUCGGAUCGGUAGACACAAGCAGACCGGAUACAUGCAAAACAAGUUUAGAAAUCGAAGAAGACGAAAAAAACAGCAGCAAAAGUGAAUCACAUUCAGAACGAACAGACCAAACAGUAGAUUCCAGCAAACCAAUUUUUCACCUUGACUGGUCAAAUCCAAACGAAUUCGUGUCUUUGCCCUCCAUACCCAAUCAAAGCGAAGAGCCAAAUUACAGUGCAAACUCAACAACAGAAUCUUCCAAAAGCGACGAGUGUCAAUCGACAGCUUCCGAUUGUGGAACACUAUCUUUUCAUGCGACUCAUGCAAACGGAUCAGCUUUAAGCGAACAGAAGAUUAAAUCUCAAAAACGAAAAUCAGAAAGUAAUUUUGUUGCAGCUGCUUUGUCAGUUAAUCAAAGUUCGAUGCUAAAUGACUCAGAAAUCUCAGAUUGUUCCGACAUAAUUAUCGGUCGCAAAUCAAUUCGACCAAUCCCAGAGAAACAAAUAAAUUUUAUUAGCUGUCUACAGAAAACUGAAGCAGAUCUAAAUGAUAUCACUGGGAGCUUUCUCUUCAGUGACUGCAGUUUUUAGAAUUUGCGAUUUUUUGCCAUCAACAGAAGAAAAAAACUAUAUUAGACUGUAAACUCAUAUGUUGUUUUCGUUUGUGCUGUUUUUGAAGAAGUAUGAAAGUCAAUGUUUCCCAGAA